AUGGAAAAACGUCGUAAUUGGUUAAUUGAUAUAUACAUAUCAUUAGAAAUGUGUUUAUGUGAUUUAUCAGCAAAUACUCAUGAUCAAUCAGGAUAUUUAAUAAAUGUUCUUAAAAGUUUACAAAAACAUAGUGAUAUAAAUGAUGGAAAAUUAGCAAAUUUCCUUUAUAAAUAUUAUUCAAUUAAAAAAUCUUAUGAUCGUCUUUGGAAAUUAUUUUUAAAACAAAUUGAAGAAAAAUCUUCAUCACAACAACAAAAAAAUGAUCACAAAUUACUUCAAAUAAAUUUUCGUUAUCAAACAAUGAAUAUGAAAUAUUUAAUAACAUAUCAAGAACGUUUAAUCAUCGCCAAAUAUUCUCAAGUUUAUGUUUUAUAUUAA